AUGUGCCGGUCUCUGCUGGCCUGUUCCGGUUUUGAAGAGGAUCUCCGGUAUUGUGACAGACCGGCUCCGGUGUAUGUGUGUGUGUGGUUUGGCUGUGACUGUAAUUCCUCCAGCUGGGUAAAUUCUUUUAUCGUCUGGCUGUCUGAGUCGCUCUGGGAGGAUGUGGACGAGUGCCAGGCCAUUCCUGGACUCUGUCAGGGGGGAAACUGUGUGAAUACUGUGGGCUCAUUUGAGUGCAAAUGCCCUGCUGGACACAAGUUCAACGAAAUCACACAGAAAUGCGAAGACAUCGACGAGUGCUCUCAGAUCCCGGGCCUGUGCAGUGGAGGUCAGUGCUCCAACACCAUCGGCAGCUACUUCUGCAGGUGUCCGGUGGGCUUCGACACGGCGCUGGACGGCUCGCGCUGCAUCGGAAUCACAGGUAGUUUUUUGCUUUUGUGGAUGAAGUGCAACUCUCCAUUUGCGUCUCUGGCGCUGUGUGAGGAUUUUACAUUUUUGGAUCUCAGGAAAAUAACGGUGUGCUUUUGCUUUGCAGAUGUGAACGAGUGUGUGACGAACACGCACACCUGCCAGGCCGACCAGCGCUGCGUCAACACGGUAGGAGGGUUUAUGUGCGAGAGGCAAAUCUUAUGUUCGAGCGGUUACCAGCUGAGGAAUGGAGUAUGUGAAGACAUCGAUGAGUGUGUUAUGCGAACCCAUAACUGUGGGAUGGGCUCCCAGUGCCAGAAUACGGACGGCUCGUUCACGUGUAACCUGAAGCAACGCUGCCUCACAGGCUUUACUCAGGACUCACAUGGCAACUGCAUUGAUAUCGAUGAAUGCAGCAGUGUGAGUGAACCAUGUACGACCGGCUUUAACUGCAUAAAUACUGUGGGCUCUUACACCUGCCAACGCAAGAUUAUCAUGUGCAGUCGGGGUUACCAUUCCAGCCCUGAUGGAGCAAGAUGCACUGAUGUAGAUGAAUGUCAGAUGGGCACCCACCGCUGUGGAGAGGGCCAAAUCUGUCACAACCUGCCCGGCAGCUACCGCUGUGACUGCCAAACCGGCUACCAGUACGACGCCGUACGCCAGCUCUGUGUGGAUGUAAAUGAGUGUUGGCGGUAUCCAGGCCGCUUGUGCGCCCAGACCUGUGAUAACACGCCGGGCUCCUACCAGUGCUCCUGUACCACUGGCUUCUCCCUGGCCUUUGAUGGCAAGAACUGUGAAGAUGUUAAUGAAUGCGACAGCAAUCCCUGCAGUCAGGAGUGCGCAAACAUUUAUGGCUCUUACCAGUGUUACUGCCGAGUGGGCUACUACCUGAAAGAGGACGGCCACACAUGUGAAGAUAUCGACGAGUGCUCACAGAGCAUUGGAAACCUCUGUGCAUUCCAGUGUGUGAAUGUCCCAGGUAGCUACAAAUGUGCCUGUCCUCCACAUGGUUACUCCAUGGCAGCUAAUGGACGCACCUGUCAAGAUAUUGAUGAAUGUGCCAUUGGAUCGCACAAUUGCUCUGCUUCCCAGACUUGCUUUAAUAUCCAGGGAGGCUUCCGUUGCUUGUCAUUUGCAUGUCCAGACAACUACAGGAGAGUGUCAGACACACGCUGUGAGCGAGUAAGUUGCCCCAACUUCCAGCAAUGCCAGACCAUGCCAUUACGGAUCACGUACUACCAGCUGAGCUUCCAGACCAACAUCGUCAUCCCAGCUCAGAUCUUCCGCAUCGGACCCUCGCCCGCCUACUCGGGCGACAACAUCAUCAUCAGCAUCCCUCGCGGAAACGAGGAAGGCUACUUCAGCACAAGGAAGCUCAACAGCUUCACGGGUGCCGUGUACCUGCACCGGCAAGUGCGGGAGCCGCGGGACUUCCUCAUCGACGUGGAGAUGAAGCUGCUGCGUCAAGGAACUUUCACAACUUUCCUGGCCCGCAUCUACGUGUUCAUCACAGCAAACUCCAUGUGAUAUUACGCUCUUCUAACGACGCCUUUGAUUCCGCAUGGUGCUAAACUCUUCAAGCUUUUGCCUUGAAGUUGUUUGUCAUCUGGCAGAUCUUUAGGCUUCUGUUUGCCUAACGGAUUUUGCUCAGAGAGACUUUGAUGGGACUCUCCCACUGGGAUCCAACCGCUUGUUUUUAGUACAGUGAGAACAAACAGGAUGGAGUACAGAGACUGACAGAAACAUUUGGCUUUUAAAAGUCCUAGUUUUUUUCCUCUUCAAAGUAUUGAAAGUACUCUACACCAGAUGCUAUUUAUACUGUACCAAUUUAUCUUGAUUGCCUGAAACUGCUUUUUAUAGCACUUCAUUACUUUUCUAACAACACUAUGUUUCUCCUCGGGGGUUGGCAUAGUAGAGCUGAGGUAGAGUUACACAUUCGUAAUGGCUGUCGCAAUUCCUCCAUAGGCCAAACGUCUAACCAUUUCACAGCUCAUUCGAGUAAAACUAAUAACUGCAUUUGAAAAAUGUAUCCGUGAUAAUUCACAUGAGUACCUCAGAUCACACCAGCCCGCGAAAGACAACAUUGUGCGAUCAUGUCUGUAAUCAUUGCGUUAAACACUUGAUUAAAAAGGUGUUCGAUUGUUCUGUUUGUUUAAAAUGCAUUCCCGUUGUAGCUCUUGGUGCUAAUAUACCGUUUUGGAAAUGAUACAUGAAGAGUGUGUGAGCUCCAAAGCAGCACUGAGAACGGUUUCAUUGUUAUACGUCUUCAUAUUUAUGUACUUAGUAAUACUGGACCCAUUUUGAUGUAUUACUGUCUUGAAAAUCCAUCUCAGGGUAAAAGCAUAAAAAUCAUCUCGAUAUACUCUCACGCACAGCAUAUCUUAAAUCAUAAUAAAAUUCUACUCAUUACUGAGAAACAUAUUAGGUAUCAGCAUAAAAGCAUUUCAUACCCAUUAAAUUCACGGAAGAACCAAAUGCAUCAGUGUAAUAAUGCAGUGCAUAUUAUCUGCCUUACUGGAUUCAAUUCUUCAAUAAAGCAUCAUUAAUCCUUU